UUAACACCCUAGAUAUAUAUAAGCAGAGUAGGCUGCAUCACGCGCGAGAAACACCGAGUCUUGGUCACACACAUGAGUUGCCACUCUGUAAUCUUAUAAAUGCGGUUUUUGACUCUCAGUGUGCCACAACCGCAAACGGUUUCAGGUUUCAAGCUCACUCACUCUUUCAUCUCUGUCAACCGAGAAGUGCUGUUGCCAGCGGCUACUGGUUGUUAUGGACCUUCGCCGAGGAUUCUUCACCUUAUUAGUUCUGUUACAGUUCGUUUCAAUUUCAUCUUCGGUUGAAGCCGACAACUUGUCCACAAGACUUCUUUUGACCUCCAAUGCCAACACAGCGGGGGAAAAGCAUUCCCAGGAUUACUGUGCAAUGUAUGACAUUUGUGGAACACGCAGUGACGGUAAAGUAGUGAAUUGUCCAUUUGGUUCCCCGGCUGUUAAGCCAGAUGAUUUGUUCUCAUCGAAGAUCCAAAGUUUGUGUCCAACUAUUACGGGGAACGUUUGUUGUACAGAAGCUCAGUUUGACACAUUAAAGACACAGGUCCAACAGGCCAUUCCUUUUCUUGUAGGUUGUCCAGCAUGCUUAAGAAACUUUUUGAAUCUGUUUUGUGAGCUUACGUGUUCUCCGAACCAGAGUUUAUUCAUCAAUGUGACCUCAGUUGACAAUGUUGAUGGUAAUUUGACAGUGGGUGGGAUUGAUUAUUUAAUAGCUGAUGCUUAUGGUGAAGGGUUAUAUGAAUCAUGCAAAGAGGUAAAGUUUGGCACUAUGAAUUCUCGAGCUCUACAGUUCAUUGGUGCUGGUGCUCAGAAUUUUAAAGAUUGGUUUGCUUUUAUUGGUAGAAAAGCAGCCCCUCAUGGUCUUGGUUCACCAUAUGCAAUUACAUUCAGGUCAAAUGCAAUUGAGUCAUCUGGCAUGAAACCUAUGAAUGUUUCAACUUAUUCGUGUGGAGAUAUUUCUCUUGGCUGUUCUUGUGGUGACUGCCCUUCAUCUUCAGUAUGCUCCGUUUCAUCUUCAACUACCACCAGUAAGAAGGAUUCAUGCUCCGUGAAAGUUGGGACUUUAGUGGUGAAAUGUGUUGACUUUAUUUUGGCAGUCUUGUACAUUAUACUGAUUUGUGUGUUCUUGGGUUGGGGACUGUAUCAUCGGAUAAGAGAAAGGAAACCUACAUACAGAACUAAAUCAGUGUCUAAUGUCAUUAGUGACGGUGCACUGUAUACUCGUAACAGGGAGAAGGAUGAGAACCUCCCAAUGCAGAUUCAUAUGAUGGAAGAUGCCCGAGAAAACAGAAAUGAAGUCCGGCUCUCUGCAGUGCAGGGAUAUAUGUCAAAUUUUUACAGGAAAUAUGGAUCGUAUGUAGCUAGACAUCCGAUUGUGAUGUUGGCUUCAUCUGUCGCUAUUAUUCUUCUCCUCUGUGUUGGUCUAAUUCAGUUCAAGGUUGAGACACGACCUGAGAAGCUCUGGGUAGGACCUGGAAGCAAAGCAGCGCAAGAGAAGCAGUUUUUUGACAGUCAUCUUGCUCCAUUUUACCGAAUUGAACAGCUCAUACUGGCAACAAUUCCAGAUCACGUAAAUAGUACAUCACCAAGAAUUGUGUCAGAUGACAACAUUAAAUUUUUGUUUGAAAUACAGAAAAAGGUUGAUGCUAUUCGUGCUAAUUAUUCUGGCUCGAUGGUAUCUCUGCAAGACAUAUGUAUGAAGCCACUAGACAAAGAUUGUGCUACUCAAAGUGUCCUGCAGUACUUCAAAAUGGAUCCCAAAAAUUUAGACAAUUACGGGGGAGUUGACCAUCUCAAUUACUGUUUCGAGCAUUAUUCCUCAGCAGACCUAUGUAUGAGUGCAUUUAAAGCUCCUCUUGAUCCAAGCACUGUAUUAGGAGGAUUCUCUGGAAAUGAUUAUUCAGGGGCAUCUGCAUUCGUUGUAACGUAUCCAGUAAAUAAUGCCGUUGAUAAAGAAGGUAAUGGAACAAGAAAGGCAAUUGCUUGGGAGAAGACCUUUAUUCAGCUGGUGAAGGAUGAACUGUUACCAAUGGUACAAUCAAGAAAUUUGACUCUAGCUUUUUCAUCUGAAAGCUCUGUUGAAGAAGAGUUGAAAAGAGAAAGUACUGCAGACGCUAUUACUAUAUUGGUUAGCUAUCUUGUGAUGUUUGCUUAUAUAUCUCUUACUCUAGGGGAUACACUGCAUCCUUCAUUUUUCUAUAUUUCUUCAAAGGUGCUACUUGGUCUUUCUGGAGUCAUUCUUGUUAUGUUGUCUGUCCUUGGGUCGGUUGGAUUUUUUAGUGUCCUUGGUGUAAAAUCUACUCUGAUCAUCAUGGAAGUUAUCCCUUUUCUUGUCCUAGCUGUUGGGGUUGAUAAUAUGUGUAUACUAGUUCAUGCUGUAAAAAGACAACGACUGGAGUUGCCCUUAGAUGAACGAAUAAGCAAUGCACUUGUGGAAGUUGGACCAUCAAUAACACUGGCCAGUGUUUCGGAGGUUUUAGCAUUUGCAGUUGGUAGUUUUAUUUCCAUGCCUGCAAUCCGUGUGUUUUCCAUGUUUGCUGCAUUGGCUGUUCUUUUGGACUUUCUCCUGCAAGUUACUGCUUUUGUUGCUUUGAUAGUUCUUGACUCUCUGCGGGCAGAAGAUAAAAGGGUUGACUGUUUUCCAUGCAUAAAAGUACAUUCGGACCCUGAUAUAGGCAUUGGACAAAGAAAACCUGGCUUAUUGGCUCGAUAUAUGAAGGAGGUUCAUGCUCCCAUUCUGAGUAUAUGGGGUGUAAAAAUAGUUGUCAUAGCAGUUUUUGUGGGAUUUACAUUUGCUAGCAUUGCAUUGAGCACUAGAGUUGAACCUGGUUUAGAGCAAGAGAUUGUUCUUCCUCGAGAUUCAUAUCUUCAGGGUUAUUUCAGUAAUGUUUCAGAAUAUCUCAGAAUUGGACCUCCUUUGUAUUUUGUUGUGAAAAACUAUAACUACAGCUCAGAAUCACCACAAACAAAUCAGCUUUGCUCCAUUAGCCGAUGCAAUUCAGACUCUCUUUUAAAUGAGAUUGCUAAAGUGGCCCUAGUACCAGACACAAGUUAUAUUGCCAAGCCAGCUGCCUCAUGGCUGGAUGAUUUUCUAGUGUGGGUAUCUCCAGAAGCAUUUGGGUGCUGCAGGAAGUUUACAAAUGGGAGUUAUUGCCCUCCUGAUGAUCAGCCUCCUUGCUGUGCUCCUGGGGACAACUCCUGUGUUUCAGUUGGAACAUGUAAAGAUUGCACAACGUGUUUCCGUCACUCAGAUCUCCAGAAUGAUCGUCCAUCUACAACCCAAUUUAGGGAGAAACUGCCAUGGUUCCUUAGUUCUCUGCCAUCUGCUGAUUGUGCAAAAGGUGGUCACGGAGCAUACACCAGCAGUGUUGAACUGACAGGCUACAACAAUAGCAUUAUUCCCGCCUCAUCAUUUCGUACAUAUCAUACCCCGCUUAACAAGCAGAUUGACUACGUUAAUUCUAUGAGGGCUGCUCGAGAAUUCAGUUCAAGAGUUUCUGAAUCUUUAAAGAUUGAGAUCUUUCCAUAUUCAGUGUUUUAUAUGUUUUUUGAGCAAUACCUUCAUAUAUGGAAGACUGCACUGGUCAACCUUGCUAUAGCUAUUGGUGCGGUUUUUAUCGUUUGUUUGGUUAUCACGGGCAGUUUAUGGAGUUCAUCAAUAAUUUUGUUGGUCUUGGCAAUGGUUGUUGUUGAUCUUAUGGGAGUGAUGACCAUUCUGAAUAUCCAGUUGAAUGCUCUCUCGGUGGUCAACCUUGUUAUGUCAGUGGGCAUUGCGGUUGAGUUUUGUGUGCAUAUGACUCAUUCUUUCACUGUAGCAAGUGGAGACAGAGAUCAACGUGCUAAGGAAGCUUUGAGUACAAUGGGCGCUUCAGUGUUCAGUGGCAUUACACUAACAAAGCUGGUUGGAGUUAUUGUUCUUUGCUUCUCAAGAACAGAAGUAUUUGUGAUUUAUUACUUUCGGAUGUACUUGUCGUUAGUGCUUCUUGGUUUCUUGCACGGACUUGUCUUUUUGCCGGUGGUAUUAAGCAUAUUUGGUCCACCUUCAAGAUGUUCAAUUACUGAGCAAGGGGAAAUUCGUUCAUCAACAUCUUCACGACAGUAAACUUACACAUGAAGCAUCUGUAAAGUACAGAAUUUUAUAGGCCAAACAGAAGACAGGAAAUACAGCAAUUUUGACAUAUCUCCCACUAACUUUGUGUAUCAUUAUUACUCUUUGUACCUAUAUAAUAAUAUCUGGUAUGUAGUGUAAUGUGAAAGUUUCUGAAAAACCAAAUUAAAGUGUUAAUUUAAUAUAUAUAGGCCAUAGUUUUAUUAACUUUUUAGUUGAGCCUCUAUACAUGUAUUUCUUUUUUGUUAGAUUAUUUUUAGUUUAGAAACUUUGAAUUUUAUAAUCAAGUCUUUGCAAGUUAACACCACUAAUACACCGUUCAUUGUUGAAUUGUGGUGUUUUUAACAUGUCAUUUAUACGGAUAAUAAUUAAUGCAGGUUGCUUUCUUG